AUGGAGUGGUUCGGCCAUGCCAAGGUCGGGUUUAGUCAUGCUCCUUCGCCACGACCUAUGAGGGAGAAGGAUGGCAGAGAGACUGACUUACUAAAGAUUGUCGAAGAAACUACACCACCAUGCCACUUGAAUCCUUUGCUGUUUAAUGGUCACUUGCAGACAAUAUGGACGGCUAUAAAACCCAGUGGCCCGCUGGUAUACUACCGCCGUAAGAUAUUCGACGCUGACCAUAAGACGUACAAGGGAACGUUUGCUGCCGACUUUGCCGUGCAGCCUUUUGAAGGAUCCGACGAGACCUUACCGAGGCGGACUACCUACUAUAGUGACGAGGAAUUCGCGAACAUUGGCUCAGAUGAUUCCAGGCCUAUGCUUGUCGUUUUGCAUGGCCUAUCUGGUGGCUCUCACGAGACCUAUCUGAGGCACACGAUUGCGCCGUUACUUGGUGACGGCGGCUGGGAAGUAUGUAUUGUUAAUUCGAGGGGUUGUGCUGGAAGCAAGAUUACCAGUGGUGUUCUUUAUAAUGGCCGGGCGACCUGGGACUGCCGACAAACGGUAAAAUGGCUAAAAAGGACGUUUCCAAACCGACCUCUGUUUGGCCUUGGGUUUUCUUUGGGCGCAAACAUGCUUACUAAUUACUGUGGCGAAGAAGGAGAAAGCUGUCUUCUCAAGGGAGCCGUGGUUUGCUCUAAUCCAUUUAACUUGGAAAUAUCAAGUAAAAUGCUGCAAAACCGCUUUAUUGGCAAAGAGGUCUAUCUUAGAGUCAUGGGCCUUGCCAUGAAGGGUUUGAUUAGCACGCACAAGGAUGCCCUGAAGAAGUAUACAGACCUUGAUUUGCCUACCAUUGAAAAAGUCACUUAUUUAAACGAUUUCGACCGCGAGGUCCAAUGCCCGACUUGGGGUUAUCCUACUGAGGAUGCUUACUAUCGCGAUGCCUCUUCCACGGAUGCCGUAUUGAGCAUAAGGAUUCCUUUCGUUGCUAUUCAGGCGACCGAUGAUCCUAUUGCUGUAAAGGAAGCACUCCCAUAUGCAGAGUUCAAACAGAACCCCAACACGGUUAUGACCACUACAUCAAUGGGCGGACACUUGUGCUGGUUUGAGGUAGGUGGCGGCAGAUGGUAUCCCAAGCCGGUUUGCAACUUUUUGAAUCACCUUGCAUUUAAAGUCGAUUUGGACAGUGUUACGCCGUCUAGGGCACCCACACCAGAGAAUCCGAAGCACGGCACAGACUACAACCCGAUGCGUCGUAAGCUUCAGAUAAUAGAGGAUUGA